CGGCGGGCGCUGGCCCGGCUGAGCGGCAGCGGGGCGCUGGCUGCAGGGAUGGGAGCCGGGAGCUGCGGCCGCACCGCUCGGGGACUUCCGGGCGGGGAUCCCGGCCCCCGGGCCGGUCCCCGAGCCCAGCCCUUGGCGCGGGGCCGGGGCAGGCGGAGCCCGGCUGAAGCGGGUUUCUCCGGCCGCUCCGCCCCCUCUGCCCCGGGAAUUUCCCGGCCGGGUCCCCGCGGGGAUAAAAGCGACUGCGGGGCGCUGCGGUGGCUCAGAGCUGAGCCCAGCCCAGCAGCCCAGCACCAGCCUCCGCCGCCAGCCCGGACCAUGAGCCGCCCCCGGAGCUUCGCCCUCGGCCGCCCCCUGCUGCUGCUGCUGCUGCUCCUGGCGGCCUGCGCCGCGCUCUGCCGGGGGGCCCCCAUGGCCGGCGAGCUGCGGUGCCAAUGCGUGCAGACCGUGUCCGCGGUGAUCCCCCCGAAGCGCAUCGCCCUCGUGGAGCUGAUCCCCGAGGGGCCCCACUGCGGGGUGCCAGAAAUCAUAGCCACCACGAAGCAAGGCAAGAAAAUCUGUCUGGAGCCCAGCGCGCCCUGGGUCAAGCUGAUCGUCACCAAGAUCCUGAGCAGUAAAUCUAACAAGCUGUGAGGGGAGAAGAGGAAAUGAACAAGGAACUACAACACCAACUACCUGUGUGCACAAGGGGAAACCAGGGCGAGAGAGAAUGGGGACCUGAGGCUGGACAACUAGCCAGGGCGAACUCUCUUCUUUUGAAGAUCUGAUAGAGCAGCCCCCGCUCCCUUCAACUUCAACGGUUCCACAAAGUUCUUACAACCUGUGCUUAUUUAUGUAUUUAUUAAUACAGCUCUGUUUCGCUCUUCAACAGCUAGGUAUUUUUGUUCAGCACCUUAGAUCUUUCUGAUCACCUGAAGGGACAAUGCGGCAGUCGUGGCUCAAGAGAUGGCUUGUUGUUAAUGGAGUCCACAUUCUCAAUAAGCCAUCACCUCAGGUACUCUGAGCAGCUCAAGAUGGAUAGUACUGUGAAGCUGGGCCUUUCACACUGGGGAUGUGCAGGAUGCCUGCAGGCUUGUGAAUAACCAGAGCUUCGGAUUCUGGAGCUGCCAAGCAUUUAGCCUUUGUGCCCACAACUAUGUAGGAUUACAAAACGAAAUCCCAUUGGAACAAGCACAGUAACUUGCUCCUGUCCUGAAAUGUGUUGCCAAGACACAUGCCCCUGGGACACACAAUCAUUUGCUUGAUUAGGCGAAACAGACUAGCAGCUAUUCUCCUUUCCUAGAAAAGCAAUCUUUGUGAAAAUGUGGCUUCCAGUCACUAGCUGAAGUUUCUGCAAACUCUGUAGGGCUCUCUUCUGAUGAGUGUUAAAUUAUUUCUAUGCAAUUUAAAUAUUUGCUAUUUAUGCUGAAGGUUUAAGAACAGUAACGUUCUGAACAUCCUUGGACAUUUUAUGUCUUCAUGGUAUGACACACUGUCAUGUUUUGUGUAGAAGUGGUAUUGCAAAUUGUACGGUACUAAAACGCAGUAAUUGUAAUAAUGGCGGGAGUUACGCAUUAAAUAAAUAUUUUCUGA